ACGCCACUUUCGAGGUUAGACUCCUUGGACAAGUCAGGGAAGCAGAUGAUUGGAGUUGGCAGGCACCUUGGUCUCUGUAGUUAUUUAGUUAAUAGAAGCAUCUUAAAGAUGAGUAACAUUGAGCGUGUGCUAGCCAACAAUAAUCUUGCCGAACAGCUCCUGGAUUCGCUGAAGUCAGAGCUGACGGCAAUCAAACGAGAGUUAAUAAUCAGGAAGAAAAAGGAGCUCAUCCAACAAAACAAUCUGCUAUCGAAGCAAGUGGAACUAGCCAAGUCCGAGCUUAUUCAAUUGGAAUGCCGUAACGGAAAGGAACAGAUACCGGUCCCGGGUGAGACGGCUCCAGUGCAAUCACAAAGUGCCACGAAGUCUGAAAACAAACAAAAGCAAGACCAGCCACAAGCAAAAGCCGGAGAUGCAAAGCCACCCAAAGCUGAGAAAGAGAAAAAACCGAAAAAGGAGAAACCUGCUGCAACCGCUGGAGAUACCAAAAAAGGCGGUGCUGCCCCCGCACCUGAAGCCCCAAUAGAUGUCGGCCGCCUUGACCUUCGCGUGGGCAAAAUUGUUGAGGUUUCCAAACAUCCGGACGCCGAUAGCUUGUACCUGGAAAAGAUCGAUUGUGGUGAGGCAAAUCCUCGCACUGUAGUUUCCGGCCUUGUAAAAUUCGUUCCCAUCGAAGAAAUGCGUGAUCGAAUGGUUGUGGUGCUUUGUAACCUGAAGCCCGCCAAGAUGCGAGGUGUAACUUCGGAGGCGAUGGUUAUGUGUGCGAGUACCCCGGAGAAGGUGGAAGUGCUGUCGCCCCCUGCUGGCUCUGUACCUGGUGAUCUGGUGCACUGCGAAGGUUACACUCGGUGCCCGGAUGCUCAGCUAAAUCCCAAAAAGAAAAUCUUCGAAACUUGCGCCCCCGAUUUGAAAACAAAUGGAGAGUUAGUGGCUUGCUACAAAGAUUCCCCGUUAAGUGUUCCCGGUAAGGGCAAUGUUGUCGCUCAAAGUUUGAAAAAUGUUCAGGUGAAAUGAGGUGAGCAAGUCCUCAGUGUCCUUCCGUUUGUGAGAUUAUGAUAAACUUGAAAGUUUUUCUCCUAUUUGAAAUAGAAAGCAUUUUGUUACCAUA